GCUUUGGUAGAUACCAAAAUAAAACAUCAUGGCGAUUGAUGGUAAGUGGGUCGAUUACGUCUCUUGGUGUCUGCUUAACUUGAGCUUGUAAUAAGACGUGAUUUUUGUAACACACAUACGCGUGACAUCAAGUGAAUGGUGUUUUCUUUGGCUUGAAACAGUGAUCGUUUUUGUUUUUUUCCAAUCAAGUGGGUUUUUUCCUGAGAGAGUGGAGGAGCCAGCUGCUGUAAGCGACAUUUGCACUGUCUCUAACGACGGUAUACAGAAAGUAGCUCCUAUAUUUGAUCUAUUUUUCGACGCUCAGAACAGUGUGGCUGAUUGCUGCUUACAUUACCGUAAAAUCAACAUAACUCCCAUUUCGGAGUACUCGGUAAAGAUGACUGUCAGUUGUAUAUCCUCGAUGCGUUUUCAUAGUUAAAAUCUUCUGGUGAAAUAGAGGCCACAGAAAGGGUGUGUGGUUUCAUUGAGUUGAUGUAUCCUAAUGUGAAGGCAGUAUUUGAAACCAACUUUAGAAAGCUGUCAUUUUGGUUUUGGAAUAACAUAAUGAAGGUUGCAUUUAUUUUGAAAUUGCGAAUUACACCUGAUAUCUUGGCUUGUUUCAACAGCCAUAAUUUCAUGUCACCAGCCUAAUGAACAGGUAUGAUUGGACUUGUUCCCUGUUUAAAAGAAAAAAAAAAUUCCGUUAAAGAAACAAAAAAAUGACCUGGGUGCAACUGCAGUGACCUGCAACAGUAAUGUAAAAUAGCAUGGGUAUUAUGGGUUCCGCACAUGCAGUGCCGGCCCAAGCCUCCACGGGGCCCAAAGCAAAAUUUGAUUUGGAGGCCCUCUAUUUCUGCAAAUAAUAUUGAUUGUUGAUGAUUGGGGGCCCUCUAGUGGCUGCAGGGCCCUAAGCAGGCACUUAGUUUGCUAAUGCCUUGGGCUUAAAUGUGGGGUGGGCAGGAUCUGAGGAAGUGCCAAUUUUCAGGAGAAAUCUUGAAUGUAAACACUACCCCUCCCAACCAGUUUUCCCCUCAGCUCCUCCUCUCCCCUCCCUCUCUGCUCCAGCAAGCCCCGCCCACAAACAGAUGCUCCUGCUCGGUCGUAUUGUUUCAAUUAAAUUCUGAUAUAAUGCAGAAAAAUACUUAAGAUACUUAAGUCAACGUGAAAGUAAACAGCAUUGGUGCUACUGUAGAUGCCAACGCAACCAGCAAACACAAUGUUUGCAGGAUUUCUAAAUAAAGUAACAUACUCCAGGACCUGAGGUAAACAGUUUAGCGGCACUACAACAUGCAGCAGGUCUCGUUUGACAAGAAACACUUCUGUUACAGACACUUGGCUUACUUUGUUAAAGAGGUUUACCUGUCCAGCAGAAGGUUACAGGGUCUGUAAGAUCCCGAAGCCUCCCCCAGCGUUUGACCCGGCUUCUUAGCUCUUGUCCCGGUGGUCCACCUCCUUUUUAAGUGCCCGUUAUUCCGCCAGAGUCUCCAGUAUUUACUUCGUUUUAUUGGUUGUGUCGGCAGUCAUGGCCAACGGAGGAUUCAGCCUUUUUUCAUGCUUUCUGGUUGGUUUCUGCUGUCCGAUAUUGUAGCACGCUAAUUUUAUUUGGGCUCGUGAAUGACACGGGGGAACAGCGUCUGCCUCACAACCAAUCAGCACUAAGAAGCAGCGUCCGCCUCACAACCAAUCAGGCUGAGGGAGGCGGAGAAUGGCUUUGUUUACAGCAGGGGUGUCAAACUCAUUUUGGUCUGGGGGCCACAUACAUCUUAAUCUGAUCUUAAGGGGGCCAGGCCAGUAAAUUUGUUGCAAAAUUGCAUAGAACUAACAAUAAGUCUACUUUUUUCUUUGUAUUAGUGCAAAGAAGAAGUAAAUUAUAAAAAUCUUAAUAUUAAAUGAAUUUCCCUUUUACUAAAUAUAUUAUGAACAACCUAAGAAUUAAAAAAAAUAUAUAUAUGUGCAAUUUCAACAACACUUUUACUCAGUUUAACAUUCAUUUAAGUGCAUUAUGUAUACAAACUGGUAACAGUGAUUGUACAAUGUUGCAAAACAUUUAGUCACAGUUUUGUGGACUUAAAAACACUGUCCUUUCCACAUCUGGGAAGCAAUUUGAACAAAUGAAUUGCCUCCACAUAUUUGAAAUCUUAAGUGGCAGCUGUUUAAAACAGACAUUUGAUAAAGUAAAUUUGUCUCCUUCCUUGUUAAUGCAUAAAAUAUAUACAUAUUAAAAAAACCUCACAUACAUAACAUAUAUGGCAUGCAUAAGAAAUAUUUUAUUCAACAAAACUCUUCUGUUGUAAAUCUGUUACUGAAUAGCACUGACUUUCACAGCAAUUACUACAGCAAAUAUUCACAGCUGUUUAUUUUUAUAGUGCAACGUUGAAAGCAGCAUUCCAUAGGAUUCAGUUUUGCUCAGUAUUUGCCCCUGAAACUUGGCAUCUUUUAGCCUUCACAAGUGCAUCAAUAUCAGGCAUCAUGUCUUGAGUAGCAGCCAAUUUCAGAAUCUCAUGUAAGUGCUUAUGUGAGAGCUUUGAGCGCAGCUUCGUUUUAUUAAUGUUCAUUAGUGAGAAAACUUGCUCACAAAGGUAGGUAGUCCCAAACAUGGACAACAUUUUUGCAGCCAGUGCUGUCAAUUUAGGGUAGCCUGGUAGGAGGUACUUGUAAAAUGUGUCCAAGCCCACAGAGGCAAAUUUGUCCUUCAAUUCUACAUCACACUGCAAAUCAAUGAUUUCAAGUUGCAUGUCAACUGGCACAUCAGAAGCUCUGACUGUGAAUAGUGAGCGAAAAACUGCGAAUUCUGUCUCGAGUUCGCUAAAGACUUGAAAUCGUUUCUCAAACUCCCUCAGCAACCCUGAAAUCUUGUCUUUGUACUGUUUCAUGUCAGGAUUAACGCUUGCUGCGCACACAUCUCUUAGACAGGGGAAAUGAACAGGGUCACCGCUUGCCAUCUGCGUCUCCCAUAGCGCGAGCUUUAACUUGAAUGCACGUAUGCUGUCAUAAUACUGUAUUAUAAUUUUUUUGCGUCCUUGCAACAUUUUGUUAAGAUUAUUCAAGUGCUCUGUGAUGUCAACCAUAAACGCAAGGUCCUGCAGCCAUAGUGGGCACUGUAAUUCCUUAACAGGUUUACCUUUUUUAUCCAUGAAUUGUCCGAUUUCCCCACGUAGAUCAAAGAAGCGCUUCAGCACAGCACCUCUGCUUAACCACCUUACUUCUGUGUGGUAUGGCACACCAUGAGUAAUGUUACAGUCACUGAGAAGGCUGUCGAACUGACGAUGAUUGAGACCUCUGGUUCGGAUGAAAUUAACAGUCCGGACAACCACCUCCAUAACGUGAUCCAUUUUUAAGGACUUGCAGCAUAAUGCCUCCUGAUGCAAAAUGCAAUGAAAUGUCCAAAAGUCUCCCCCUCCAUUUGUGGCUUUUACUUUUUCCCUGAACUUUGUCACAACACCUGCCUUUUUACCGAUCAUUGACGGCGCACCAUCAGUAGCCAGGCUUACAGCGCGAGACCAGUCCGCCCCGACUUUGUCCAGCGCUCCAACGACGGAUCGGAAAAUGUCCUCAGCUGUGGUGGUGUUGGUCAUAGGCACCAACUCGAGAAAUUCCUCUGUGACAGUCAAAGUCUCGUCCACUCCACGAAUGAAUAUGGCUAGUUGAGCCACGUCCGUAAUAUCAGUACUCUCAUCAAUUGCAACAGAAAAUGCCAGAAAAGACUCCGCUUUGCGUUUCAGUUGGCUGUCCAAAUCUGCCGAUAGUUCUGAAAUCCGGUCUGCCACGGUAUUUCUCGUUAAGCUAAUAUUGGCAAAAGCUUGUCGCUUCUCAGGACACACAAUUUCGGCAGCCUUCAGCAUGCAGUUUUUGACAAACUCUCCUUCACAGUACGGCUUUGACGCUAAUGCUAUUUGGCUAGCAAUUAGGUAGCUGGCUUUCACCGCUGCAUCACUGACCUCACGGCUCCGCGUGAAAACAGAUUGCUGUUUUCUCAGACCCACCAACAUUUCAUUAACCUUCUGUUUUCUCAGUUCUCCGUGCAAGCUGUUAUAUUUUUCACCAUGCUGAGUUUCAUAGUGGCGCCGAAUAUUGUAUUCCUUAAGCACCGAAACUUGUUGUUGGCACACCAGGCACACGGGUUUCCCAUUCACCUCGGUGAACAUAUAAGAAGAGGUCCAUUUUUCUUGAAAAAUCCGACACUCGGUGUCUACUUUUCUCCUUUUUGACAAAGACAUUUCGCUGAUGAGGGUACUAGCGCCAACAGAAAAAGCGGGUAAUGCGAUGCUUACAGACCGUGAAGUUCAGUCAGCAGAUGGUAAUCUGCUCUUAGUUCUGCUCUGACAAAAACAUAGCGCCCCUAGUGGACAAUAUAGGAACUGCAGAUUUGAACGAAAAUGAAGUUCAUUCUUUUUUUUAUAUUAUGCAGAUUUAUCCCUCGGGGCUCGGGCAGUACUGAAUCCCCAGGCGGGCCGGUUCCGGCCCGCGGGCCGUAUGUUUGACACCCCUGGUUUACAGUCAGAAAGAGCGGGCUGCUCAAAAAAUUAAAAUGUUGACUACACAAACAUAAAAAAACACAGUGAUAUCGUUAUAUUACCAAAUCAUCAAUAACUAAUAGCUAUUGACUGGUAUUAAAAGCUUUUUUGUGUACACAGCACAAAAAGAUGGUUCUUUAACAGAAUCCUGUCUACCCCACCUUUAAUGUUAAUAGAUUAUGAUUUUUAUGUCUUGUAAUUAGCCAUGCCAAGACAUUUCCAAUAUGUUUCAGGUGGUCUCCUUUAACAUAUCAUCUUGCGAGUUCAGAAAAUCAUUCAAACUAGUCACAUUGAUAGACUAGUGCAUGCAAUAAACAAUCAGGUGCACUUCGCUUGAUUCAAACUGUGCUAUUUUUUUUUAUAUGUAUAAGAUUCUGCCACUAGUAAUUGUGAACACGCUUGCAGUGCUUUUGCACCAUUUUACUCCAUUUACCUUUGGAUAUAUAUUAAUGUUAACAGACCAUUGCUAAAUAUAUGUCAGCAAAAGAUAAUAAGGGCUUAGUUUUAGGGUUGAAAACAUUUGCAAGAGUCACAACUUUAGUGCAAAAGCAAAAAAACAAAUCACAGUUGGAUUAUUCACUUCAACUUUUUGGCUUUUGAGAGUCUGCAUACAAAAAUCCUAAUAAAUCUCAACUGCGUUCAAACUACCACAAAAAUGGCUAGAAAGAAGCAACUGAGUAAAGAAACAAAAGUACAGAUUUGUACAUUGAGGAAAGAAGGGUACACAGAAAGAGGUGUUUAAAUAAGGACUCCACUACACUCUGAAGAGACUAGAGGAACCUGGAAGUUAUGAUGAUGGAAAAAGACCUGGACAAAAGAGAGAUACUAUCAAAGCAGAGGAUAAACAUAUCAUUGUCACCAGUAAGAGAGAUCGGCGAAAAACAGCACCACAAAUAAGGGAGGAAAUCAACAUGACAAGGUCGAAACCCAUAUCUCUGAUAACCGUGAAAUGACAUUUGAGAAAGGCUGGUCUGAAGGGUUGUGUAUCUGCAAAAAAACACUACUUCGUCCACAGAACAAGAAAAAGAGAUAUGAGUGGGCAAAAGCUCACAAAAAUUUGACUUAUGAUGACUAGAAACAAGUUUGCACUGUUUGGUUCAAAACGCAGAGUCUAUAUUUAUUUAUGGUCACCCCUGUGAUGAUAAGCCUGCUUCUUUUCCCUUACCUUUGGUUUAAGAUGAGCAAAGUGUAGAUGUGUUUAAUUCCUUUUAAACACACCCUCAUGCAGGAGGAACUGAUGGAAUGGAGUUGAGUUACUGAGCAAAACACCACUUCUGUUGCCUUGAUGCAUGUCUGAGUUAUUGAAGACAUAUAAAUGGUGGCACCUAGUUUCUGAACUCACGUUUCCAAUAUUGGUUGGUUUCUAUAUCAACAAAACUACAUCUGAAUGAUUUUUUUUUUGUAAUAUUGUUUUCAUGUUAGUUAUAGCACAGAAGGCCACAUUGAAACUAAUUUGUCUUUGCAGGUGGUGAGCGUAACUGUGGAGUACAUGAGCUGAUCUGUGUCAGAAAAGGUAGGGCAGAUUAUGUAAAUCUUUCCUCGAACAUGUUUUUUUUUUUUUUUUUUCAUACACCUCCCCAACAACAUUUCUCAUAUUUAACAUAUGUCUGUGUUCUGUUCCUCUGUCCUCAGGUUAUGCUGUCUUCACUCUUGUUUGGGUGUGCUGUUUUUUAAUUCUUACUUUGUAGUAUGUGCUAAUUGCCUUAUUUAAGAAAUGUUCAAAUGAGCUUCCCAUGCAGCGAAAUUUAUGCUUAUUUUCAAAAGUAAAAACUUGGCACAAACAAUAACUUUUUUAUGUACUCAUACUUACUGAUGUAAUUUUUCCCAGGGAGAUCACGUUUGUCAUAUCUGUUAGCAGAUUUAGAGUAUGGUUACAUACUCUACAUACUCUAAAUAUGAAUAUGGUUCAUAUUUAGUAAAUAUGAUGAAACAAGUUAAUCUAAGUCUGUUUGAACUUGACUGGAACAGGCAGGGCAAGAAAGGCUAAACUAUAUAUAUCUAUAUGGAUGGUUGGCACGAAUCGAUACAUUCUGGUUUCUUUAUUCAGGUGGGUGCUGGCUCUUAUUGGCACUAAAAUGAUUAUCUGUCGAGUACCUGGGUACAGACACCAGAUUUUUGAUGAGAAGGAACUACUGAAAUGAGCUGAUAUGCCAGUAUUAAAGAAAAAAGUAGUAACCCAUACAAACAAGGGAAACAGUUCUUCCUGUAUUCCUUUGAACAUAGGCAAUGUAAUGAUGGCACAUAAAACUAGUUUUAUAACAUUUGUGUGGACUGGUAGUAGACAAUUUUAUGUUUCUCCUACACUUUAUGUUUUGUUAUGUCUUCAUUAACACAUAUUGCCUGUAUGUCAGGAACAGAACACACUUUUUGUUUGUCUUUCUCUUUCUCGCUGUCCUGUUUUUGUGGACACAAUAUCAAGGAAAAUUCAUACAAAAUUAAAAUAUUUCAAACACCGACCUAGAAAUAAAGGAUCAACCAAUUAGAAACACUAUUAACUCCUACAUAUCAACAAGUUUUUGUACAGUACGUUAGAAUCUAUGGUUUAAUUGAGACAACUUCACAAAAGUGUCUUCCUCAAAAGAUAUCUACACUUAACUCAAAAAUUUCAUGGAAAAUAAAAAAAUAUUUUGGAUAUAAACCUUGAUCCACACCUGUUUUUACCCGUCUUCUUUCUCUUCUGUCCUUUACCUUUUAAGAUUAGAGCAGAAAUGACCAACUAACCAUACAUAUUUAGAAUCUGUUAUAGUUAUAGCAUAUGGGCAGCUUGGAUAAAUCAUGUGUUGAGUCCAUAAUUUACCGGAUAUUGUACUGGGCUAAUCAUAAAUAUCAUCCAAGAGACCAAAUGAAAAACCUCCAGUAACACAGAGAGGAAAAUCAGUCAUAAAUCGGCCUGAAAUUCCUGUGGUGUGUGUCUGGUCUUGACUGGUCUGGUCUGGUCUUUUACUCUAAAGAGGAAAAUUUGCGCCUACUCUGCCCACACCCUGUUCAUUUCUCUGUCAGGAGACUUAACAAGAAAUCAUAUACUCUGUAGAGCUCUGUGUUGAUCUUUCUGUCUUGUUACCAAGUAACAAUUACUGUGCGUUAUAUAAGGGUUGAAUAGGUGCUGGUUAAUUUAUCAGUACAGUUGGUUUCAUUGCUUACCAAAUAUUAAUAGGCCUUAACAGUGUUUCAAGUGUAAUGCUAUCAUUAUAGAUAUAUUUUGAGAGGACUAGCAUCAAAAAGCAAGCCUUAGAAAUGAGGAUGUUGGUGAAAUUUCUCCAAAGCUGCAGGCGGAGGCUGUGGGUGUCCUUGUGGCUUUGUUUUUUUUCUUCUUUUUUUUCUUUUUGUCAUUCAACAUGGCAACAGUUCCCAUGCAGACUAAACUCAAAACAAUUCAGACAUGCAAUAAUUAAAAAAAAAAAAAAACAGGAUAAUAAGUAUUUCUGUAAUUUCUCUAGAGGAAAAACAGUAUUUUGAUAUGUUUUAUAUUAAAACUAGGUCUCACUGUCAAUGAAGAUACUUUUUAAAACAAUCUCUAAUUUUCAGAAAAGUUGUCUGUUGUCUGGCUUUCUGGAUUGAAAAUAUGAAACCAUUAGCAUGCUAUUCCAUGAUUGUAACCACAUAUAUGCACCAGUUUCUCAGUUUGAGUGUAACUCCAGUUUGUACUCUCACAUUCAGAAAUUCAUGAGCUCAGAUUGUUGCAGUGAGUAAUUAUAUCAAUAAAACACAGCUGAACAUAGUAAGCAUUAACCUCUCCACUUUUUUGGUCCAGUCCUAUUUUCAAAGAACAGAGUCAUCUAGUGCAUCUUACAACACAACACUUGCAACUGUUUUUUUUUUCUCUGAGCUUCUUGUGUGAUAAUCUAUUAUUACAACUUCCUGUGAGUCAUUGCCCGUGCUGCUCAUUAUGUAAGGGCUAUUCCCAGUAAUUUGACAAAGUGCACCAGUUUUGAUUAAAUACAACAAGUGAACCAAAACUAAAUUUUUCCAUAUACCCAAUCCUACACUUUUUUUUUCUUGGAGAGAACCCUGAGUUGUAAAGAUCUUGAUUUGCAAGAUUGUGCAUUGUUGUGACAGCCUGAGGGAGAGAGACUGCUUCAUUUUCUCAUUGCAAGUGCUUUAUUAAAAAAAAAAAAAAAAAAAAAAAAAAAACUUGGCAGCUUGCAUUAUGCAACAAGUUGUGAUAAUAGAAUUUUCCAUCUGUUAGUAAAGCGAAGAGAAAAAGAGCAGGUUAGAGUGGGACUCUUCAUUUGGUUCAUUUACUUUAUGUAUUAUUUUUGUUCCCUUUUUUUCUUUUAAUUUUCUCUCACCUUUAUUGUUUUUGUCAUGUAUUUACUCAUUUGUUGUUGUAUUAAUAUUCCAAAACAUUGAUGCAUUGUAUAAACUUAAGUUGAAUGUGUUUCUGAUGCACUGUUUGCUUCACAAUAAAGAUAUUUGAAACAACAAAGCAAAGAGGAAAAGAAAUCUGACUGGCAUUCAGCACCUCAGCAGAGUUUGCCUGAGUGUUGGCCCAGGACUAUUGUGUUGCUCACAAGGACUUUGUGCCCUUGGGUGACCUUUUUUAUGUAUUUUAUGACAAGGUAAACUGACAUUUGCUGUGCAAUCACUAUAGAAGACAUAUCCUAGAAUAAAAAACAACUGUGGUAAAUAAGAGUUUAACCAUCCAGGUCUCUCUUAUUACCUUUUAUUUUGGACAUUGGUGAUAUUGCUACUCUGAAGUUUUACUGUGUAUGAGAACCUCUGUUGAAAACUAAUAGUAUGUCUACUCAAAAAGUGCAGCUGAUGUUUCCUCAACCAGUAGGAACCUGAUUUAUCAAAGUAAAACAACUGAAUAUUUAACAUGACCCAAAAAAUAAUCAAGAGACUACUAAAAUAUUUUUCAAAGACUACUGUGCUACCGUUUUAGGAAAUCAGGUGGUUUGCUUUAAUGCUGCUGGAAACCAUGUCAUUUAAAGAGGACAAAAAUUAAUUAUAGGACCAAUUUGUUUUAUAUUUAGUAACUGAACACAGUAGUCCCCACAAAGAGUCACAGUUAUCAGUAAAUGCAUAUGAUAGAAGUUGGACUUGAUUUAUUUUGUUUGCUAAAAGAAUGUAUAGAUUAAAACUUGCUGCCAUUCAAAAUGGCAUGAAAUAACCUAUUCAUUUUUUUUUUUUUUUUGGUCUAAGUCUCUCCAGAGGUGCUGGGAUUUCUGACAGCAAUCGGGCUUUUCAUCAUGCUGAUUACCCUCCUCUUCUGGUACCUCAACAACAAGCUAUCACAGGAGAAUCCGGGAAGCCUUCAGUGCCUUGAUGAGUUAAGGAAAAAAACAAAGGUGCAAGGUAAGGAAGUGUUCACACACCUGUAUAUUUGUACUCUCAACAUAUUUAAGUGGGAUCACAUGUUAAAAAUGCCUUUUGGGAUUACCAAUUCUUUGCACACAUCUUAGCACACUGAGAAAUUAUCAAGAUAAGAUCAACUUUAAAGGAUGUCAACCUUUAACACACAGUGAUUUUUUAGACCUUAAGCACACAGAGGUAAUUUAAGAGGCUUUACAUGACAGGGGGAGAGCUACAUCCAGACACUGAAAUCACAACAAAUUAUUAUUUUAUGUUUCUCUUGAAUACUACUCCUUCAUGUAAACCAACAGUUGCACAUGAAUUUGUUUUGCCAUUUUACUAUCACAAAUGGAAGAGAUACAUACAAUGCAGGACUGGGUCCAUAGUGUUUAGAGGCUUAAAGUGUUGAAAUUUGCAUCUUAGUGUGUUUUGCAGUAACCAGGACAACUGUCUUAAACCUGAACAGGCACAUCUUACCCUGACGCCAACCUGCAGGCCUCAUCUUCAGACAGUGAGGAUGACCUAAUGAGUCAGUAUCAGGAAGCAGUCAGCCGCUCCCAAGGCCUGAGAGAAGGUGCCAAGGCAGCUGCUAAUGCAAAACUUGCAGGUGGUUUCACCUGGCAGAGCUUGCAGAAGCAUAGGUCACUGACUGCUGACUAUGAUGGCUACAGCAGCGAAGCCUCAGCUGACAAUGGUAUGUUUUGCAUCUAUUAGGUUGUUUUAAGACAUACCGUUCAUGCCACCACUAAAAUUCAGUUAUAAAGUACAGUAGCAAUGCAUUUUUGUUCUUUGUGUUUGUAUCAAGAACGUUCACACUUCACUCUCAGUGCACAAUAAGGAGUUGGACUUGCAUGGUAGGCUAAGACAGAUAUUUUGCUAGUCUGGAUUUGCUGGAUUCAUGGGUUUGUAUAGGAUAGUUUUCAUAGACAGGUAUAUUUAAAAUUGCAGAUCAACAUUUUCAGUAAACUCCAAUAUUCAUUUGAUUGUAGAGAGUAUGUUGAGAUCUGUUGGACAAAUCUUAUGGCUGCACUAAUUGCUGAUAUAUGUGUAAAGGGGAGGUAUUGUGCUUUUCCACAUUUACCACAAAAAAAUGCAAAGUUAAGAAGUUUUGUGUCCAUGAAGAUAUAUUGUAUGUUAAGUUCCCAGAUGCACCGCCACCCUGUUGCACCGCUCUAGAUGGUUCUGACUGCACCAGAGGACCAGUUGGUCCACCUCCCGACUUAUCACUGUCUUAGUUGAGACCGAUGACUGUGGUGUUGUCCACAAACUUCAGGAGUCUGACAAACAGAUUUCCUGAGGUGCAGUUGUUGGUGUACAAGGAGAAGAGCAGUAGGGAGAGGGCACACCCCUGGGGGGCACCAGUGCUGAUGGUCCAGGGGCCUCCUAUCAGCCAUGAAGCUGAUGAUCCACUGACAAGUGGAGGCUGGCACCGUGAGCUGGGCCAGUUUGUGGUGAAGGAGCUCAGGAACAGCGGUGUUGAACACCGAGCUGAAGUCCACAAACAGGAUCGGUGCAUCAUCCACCAUCCUAGGCAAACUGCGGGGGGCCUGUGAUGUCCUUCAGGUGGCUGAACACCAGUUUCUCAAAGGUUUUUAUGACCAUCAGGGCAAUGGGCUUGUAAUCAGUUAACCCUGUGAUGGAGGGUUUGAAAAUGAAAGGGGCUUCACACUGCUUUAGAGCUCUGUUUAAGACGUGGGUGGUCAGCUGGUCAGCACAGACUCUCAGGCAGGAAGGGGACAAAUCUUCAGGUACUCGAGCCUUCCUUAUAUUCUGCCUCUAAAAGCUGACACACCUCCUCUUAAUAACUUAUAGGAAAAUUAAUCUAUGAAGUAGGGAUUUGUUUGUGCAACAUUUAUGCCCUUGAUUCUUGAAUAUGUGAAAAUGAAAUUGGGGUGGCACUUGAUGAAAAUCAAUGGAUCAACAAAGUCAAGAGGCCUCAGUUUCUAGUGACUAUCAACUCUUUCAACUACAUUCACUCACACAGCCACUCGAGUACUGUUGCGGUGAGAAAACAGCAAAACCACAGAAGACUUUUUCAAUAUGGUGUAAAAUUUAAAAUCUAUAUAUAUUUUAAACUAAUCAAUAUGUAUACUUUUUAAUGACUUUGACGUUUCCACUUACAUACCAACCAGCCAACAGCAUCCAAAGGAUGAGACAGACCCCUCCGUUGGAUGAGCUUCAGCCACCUCCAUAUCAGGAUGAAAACGGGUCUCCAAGGAUGUCUUGUACACUGUCAGACCUGGGAGAUGCAAAGUGUUAUCUAUCUCAUACCAGUGGAAGCCCACACCUGUCCUUUGACAAAUGCCCAAGUGAAGGCAGCGAUGGAAACGAGACUGAGAGCUACCUCAACAAGGGUUGUGAGGAGGACGUACCAAGUGACAGUACAGCAGUCCUCAGCCCAGAGGUAAGGGAGUGACAGUAAUUCAAGCAUUAAUACACAUACAUGGUAUGGCUGGAAUUGCAUAUUGAGAGGUUCGAUUUAUAUUGAUUAUAUCCUUGGUUUCUUAGGAUUUGUCAGCAAGAGGAUCAGCAGCCCAACUACUGAAAGGAUAUGACACAGAUUCUCUUUUGAAAUAUGGCACUGUAGAUGUUGUGUUUGACUAUGACUCGGAAGACCAGCAGCUGGUGGUCACAAUUGUGGCAGUAUCAGAUCUUCCGUCCCUAAAACACACUGGAAAUAUUUCUUGGCAGGUCCAUCUAGUGAUGCUGCCCACCAAGACACAGAGGGCAAAGACAGGAAUCCACAAAGGCCCAUGCCCUGUCUUCACAGAGAGCUUUCGAUUCAGCCAUGUGGAGUCAGAGAUGAUAAAUAACUAUGCCAUCCGAUUCCGUCUGUACAGUAUGCGGCAAAUGAAAAAAGAGAAGGUGCUCGGAGAAAAGGUGUUCUACCUCACCAAGCUCAACCUUCAAGGCAGAUUGUCUGUGCCUAUCAUAUUAGACCCCCGCUGUGCUAUCCUGGUGAGUAAAAUUUUGCAGGCUGUCAAGCUUUUUCAAAAUACCUAAUUAACGCACUGCUACACUGACUGAUAUUCUUUUGUUUUGGAAAGCAUUUUUAGAAAGCGGGAGUUCAAUAUCCCGGUUUCGCAAAUCCUAUUAUGCUGUUGAUCACGUUGUGUUUUAUCAUCUACAUGUACUACACAUGUACAUAUACAUUUAAAACAAUUGGUAUGGCUUGUUUUUUUUUUUUUUAACACAAAGAAAAUAACAGAAAAAAUGAUAUAGCUCCCCCACCAGCACACACACACACACACACACACACACACACACACACACACACACACACACACACACACACACACACACACACACACACACACACACACACACACACACAUCAAACAGAUCACAUUUUAUUGAUAUAUUCUCAUAUUUUCUGCCAUUGUCAUCAGCAUCUCUCAUAAUGUUAGAUGAAUUGGAUCAAUAACUGAUUGAUUUUAGGAUGAAGAAACAUAAAUAUUGCUGUACUUGUCUGCCAUAUCAUUAAUUCAAGUGUUAGGAAAUGUAUUUGUCUACAGUCAUGUAGACUCAAACAUAGCACCAACUGGGUGAUACACCGUAGGCUUUGAUUAUGCCCUACUGGACUACUAAAGUGAUUCAUACCUCUGCACAUUGUAUCAAUCAGUUGGGUUUAUCAGCCACAGACAGAAGGCAGGAGCUAAAGGGAUGAUAAAAUAAAAGCAUCAUGUACAGUAAAACAAUAUUGCAAUAGUGAAAUGUAUAUUUACUGGUAGGGUGGGAUUAAACCAUGGACACCAGACACUAGUUCCAACAGAUAAGCUCUGCAGAGAGAAACUAUUUGAAAACAUUAGUCUGGAGACGAAAGCUAAAUUACUUAUAUCUACAAAGCAGGGACUUAAAUCAAAUAUUUGGCUGUGUUACCUACCUCAGAGUCACAGUGAGGGGACUGUGUAGCAAUUAAUAAGACAGAGACUAAGUAAAAGAGGCCCCCAUGAUGCCACUGGUGCUUUAAAUACCUUCAUAACCCUCUAGGGGCUGGGUCAGGGGAGAGUUCAGAAUCAGAAUACUUUCGUUUUUCCAGGGUUGGAAAUUCAGUCAACUCACGGUUAACCCAGCUUUUAAGCAGGGUGUUUUUGGAGGCUAGUAAGAGCAAUUCAACAGUAAUGCACCAACACCAACAAUGCCCACCACACAAUAUAUCAUAAUUUCUUAUAUUUGUUGUCUCUCCUAUAAACCACUCAAACAGUUUAGCUGUUACUGUGCUCCCAUGUUCAACAGUCCAACAGUUUGGCAUGAUUACAGAUCUGUUGGACAGUUCAGUACAGUUGUACAAAAACAUAUUGGCAAAAAGGCUGCAUGGCAUCAAGGUGAGGCUGUGAUGAUUUCCCAAACACUGACCCUAAAAUCCUCGUUCUCUGUAGUACUAUUUUAAGUUGCUUAGUUAAAUGGUAAAUGGACUAUAUAGACCUUUACUAAUCUUUUUUCAAUCAUUAAAAGCACUAUUAAAUUACAUGUCACAUUUUAAUAAUUCACAUCACAUUUUUGCAGUGAUGGCAGAGGUACCUGUAUAAGGCAGCCAUCAGUAUUAACUAAUUCCAUCCAUACACUGCUGGUAAAGUGACCAGGGGGCAGUUAUGGGUUAGGUGUCUUGCCCUAAGACACCUUGGCAUGUGGAUGACCUGGGAUUUAACCCUUUAACAUUCUGGCGAAUAACUCUACCAAUUACUCUACAGUGACCUUUUGUAACCCUCACAUCAUUCUGAGGAACAUACAGCGUAAGUACAACAGCAAGCCUUUCUGGGGCCAGAGUUCAUGGGUUGCCCACGAUGAUACCACUGAUGUUAUUUCCAAUAUCUCUGAAACAUUAAAGAGGACAACGUAGACCCUAAGAGCUCAGUGUUUGAGGGCCUAAGGCAAUUAUAUACCUACAUUUUUUUUCUUUAUUUUGCAUUUUGGUGAUGAUGACACCUUGUUUCCUCUUCUGUAUGAGGCAAGUCAGCAGGAAAUCUUUUUAUUUCUAUGUAAAUCUCUGUGGCAUCUGAAGUGCCUUUAAAACCCCUCCCCUCUGUAACAUUUUGGUUAAUAAUCUACCUUGAGUAUGUAUUACAGGGUUUGCUAAUAUAACAGAUUGUCAUCUGGCUAGCAGGCAUUUUCCUUCAACGGAGUCACUGUUUUGAUUGUCCUGUGAGAUCGUACGAUUUAAAAUACAGGAAAAAUACGUUGUUGCUUCAUCUCAGUUGCUUUAUUAUUGUAAAUUGUUAUUAUUAAAUUGUUAUUAUUAUAAAUUUUAGUACAUUUUGAAUCUGAGUAAUGUUAUUCUGAUAAAAUAUGGUUAUACUUUACCACUUUACAAUAACUUUUGGUGGGCCUAUUGACUAAAUAGGUGCUUAUUACUUGAUUGUGUUUGCAAGGGUUUCGGUUAUAUGUAUGUAUAACGAGACCAGAGGCAUCAAAAUCAACAAAAAUGGGAAGGAUGUGAAAAGUAAAACAGUUUAGAAACUUGAACUGUCCACUCUACGAGUAGUAGAUGUAGACAUAGAUAUCACAAUAGAUGAUAUUACAAUGGAAUGCAACAACAUUACAAUAAAUGUGAUGUAUUUCAGUAUCCAAUUUUCUGAUUGUCUCCAAUUAUUUCAGGGUGGUGAAUCCCAGGUCAAUCUCUCAGACAUGACAUGCAGUGAAACCGCCUCAUCGUUUCAAUCAGUCAGUCAGAUUUCCAUCCCAGAGAUCCUUGUAGGCCUGGUGUACAAUGCCACAACAGGACGUCUCUCUGUUGAGGUCAUCAAAGGUAUCCAUUUCAGAAAUCUGGCUGCCAACAAGCCACCCAGUAAGUACUCUUAAUUGGUUUAGUGUGGUUAUUUGACAUAAGAGCAAACAAGAGCUUGAGUUUGUUACAGAAACAAAGCCUUUUAAUAGGAAUACUGUAUGUGUCAAACAGCCUGAAAUGACCAACACCUCAGUGUGAUUUUAUGGUGACUGGCAAAACAGUUUGUCUGGAAUUUAAAAUGUAGGUCUUUUCACUUUUUAAUAAUUAGCAAGCCAUUUAUACACACCACAGGCUUGUCUUCCGUAUAAGUUUGUGUAAGAUUUAAAUGAUGACAAAGGUCCCUAAUAAACCUGUACCUUCUAACUGAUUGUGGAGUGUUAACAUAAACUGGACGGCCAAAAAAGUAUUUGGCUUUAUGAUGAAUUCAGUUUACCUUUACUAUUUUACUAUUACUAUAAUUUUUUACCACCAACAAGCAAAAGUAUGCAUCGCUUGUAAUCUCACAAAAAAAGUCAAAUGCAUGGUAACUGAAGUUCCUUUGUCUCAUUUUACCUCUGGUUUGAUGCCUGAAAAAUUAAGGAAACUGCAUUACUGUAUGGUCAACCCUAAGAUAAUUUCAAGGGUUCAGAGCAGCAACGCCAUUCAAAACCUGAACUUAGUGUUUUGUUGUUUACCUUCCAGUCCUGUGAGUUUUUCCUUUCAUUUGUUGUGCCUGCAUAUGAACCCCUCUACAACUGUGUUGACAUCUUGGUCCAUUGUUUUUCCUACUGCUGUCCACCCCUUAUUGUCAGAUGGACUAUUCUGUUGUCUUAAACACUUAAUAGGUGGACAGGUUUAUAUUAUCAGAGGUGAGUCUUUGUCCUUGAUAUCGAGUAAUUCAUACUUUCAUAUAGUCUAUAUUUUUUUUCAGACUAUCUCCAUGGAUGAAGUCAGUCAAAUUUUUUGUUUAAUUUUUCGUGAGUUGACUCCUUAAUUUGCUCACUUUUUCUGGCUAUUUUAUUGACCCACCUGGCUUCUAUUGUUAAUAUGUGAAGCGCUUUUCUUAAGAAUUGAAAAUAUUCAUUGAGAGUGUGACAUCAAAAACACAGGUAGUAUUUCAGAUGUUGCCAAAGGUGUUUCUACUAUCUGAGCUCCUGGGGUCAACAUGCUGGAGUGUCCUUUGGCAAAACACUUCAGACAUUAAUUGAGAUAAAUUAAAAGUUGUGAAACUUUACGCGUUUUUCUCUACCAUGAUGAACAGAUGGAUGCAACAAUUACAGUAAAAAGCACUGUCAUCAGUCACAAGAGUCCAAAAGCACAAUCCUGUAAUGCAUAGUCCAGCUUCCAUUUUAAUAAGGCCACUAGUAAAAUGGUAGCACUAGUAUCCCUCUUCUCGACAAUGAUUAACAUAAUUGUUUCUGAAAUGUAAAAUUUGGUUUAAAAUUGGCCCUUUCUUCUGUUAGUCCUGCAGAAAGACGAAAAUCUUUAUCCAUGGAGAUAGUUGCUUGCAACUUUUAUUUUUGGAUGUGUAUGUCCUAUGAUGCAUGUCGCCCUGCAAUCACUCUGCAAAGUUGUGUUUUAUGUCUAUUCAGAUGAAAUGUGGCGGAACACUAAGUGGUUAUUUUUAUUUAAUGUAAAUGGUGCCACUCUGCAUGCUUUGUUGGUUAGUUCUGCAUGUAGCGCAUGAAACAAGGCUUUUAAAACAAAUUAUGCGUAAUUAUUUAUCUAAAUAGUAUAUAACAGUAUACAUUAAUGUACUGAAAAGAGUGUGGUAUUUGCACUGAUUCUAUCUUUUUCAAACAGUACAAAAGUGACAAGUCAAGUUAGCAGCUGCCUCUAAUUUUUUAAAGUACACUAAGCAGGAAUCAAAAAGGAUACCAAAGCCAUUUAUUUACACACUGCUUUGAUAAUCAAAGGCAACAUGUGUAAGUCAAAGACAUUGAUAUUUUAAUCAAUGCAAAUAAUAAUGAUAAAAUAAAUGUAUAUAUAUGUAUAUUAUAACUAUAAUCAGGGCACCCUGUAGGUGCAAGUUCCCAAUUGGAAUCCCUCUGGUCACUAUUCCGUCUUUUGCCGUAAUUUUAAGGGUCUUGUCAUGUUGAAACGUAAGCCGGAAGAAUACACCCCGACAAACAGUUUUUGAAAAUACAGCCACUCCCAGCCAUUUCAUGUAAAAAGACAGUUUUUAUACACUCGUCUCUUUUCUAAAAAACUCCUAACGUUGUGGUGAAAUAUCAACAGGAAGUUAGGUAAUUUGAAAAAAGGAAAAAAAGGUGAAAAUCACCUCUUUUUUUCACCAUACCCAGAGGUCCUUUUCAGAUUUCCUUCUCAUUCAGUGUUUAUCCUCUCUUCUUAUAUGCAGGUUUACAGAUAGAAAUGACCUGAAACUUAUAAUCACGUGAGUUCCUGCACAAAGGUUCCCUGUGUCACCAUUAGAUAGGAAGUUGUUUUUUUCUCAUCUAUGCAAGCUCCAGUCUGACCCAAACUCACCAUGCAUGAUAGCAGUCAAGACCUGAACACAUAUUGAAAUAUUAAAUCUCAGUUGUAGCACCUCUUGACGGCAGCAGGAAUUUUCAUGCUGUUACUCUAUGACCUGAAUCCUCAAGACCCUUGAACAGAUCCGAAUGAUUUUUGCUUAAUUUGUCUUUAAGCUAUUGAUCCAAAUGUGCCCCAAAAACUUAGCUUUCAUCUGUAUGGUGCAGCAAAGAUAAAAUUUGACAUCUCAUCUUCAAAUUUUAAACAAACGUCAAACGUCAACAUAGCUACUAUUCCUGUCCUCUUGAGGCAGUCGAGCCAACUUUGAUAUUGUUUUAAGAACCACAACGCCACCUGCUGUCAAAUAGAAGUGACUGUUUCAAUUUCACCACGGUUAAAUCCCAUGUAGUAUUAGGCCUAAAUACAAGUAGUUUUUGGUAGGCGGCAGGUUGUUUUUCCGUUCAUGAGGACUAGAAGACUGACAGUUUUAUUGUUUGAAAAAUGGUUGUGGAUUUUAUGCUUGAAGAGGCCUAGACACUGCAAAUUGGAGGGGGUUGUGCUAGGAGAACAAAACCAGAUCAAGUGUGUGACCUAAAGCAUCGGUGGGACAAUUAACACGGUAUAUUUCUAUCAAGCAGUCUGGUCUGGUCCAGUACAGUUUUGCAUCUUCUUUCCUUCAAAGAUAUAACAUGGAUGAGUACACAAAUCCAUCAUGUUCAUUUUAUCAAAAAUUAAAUUAUUAAUCAGCUGUCCCUGUCCUUUUUGAUUGGUAGUUACUUACCCCUCAACAACUGCAUCCAGAUGAGUUAUGAAACCUAUUAGGAUGUAUGGAAAAUGUAGGGAUGGGCAUUAGAUGACAGAGCUAGUAUACUUGGGUGAGUCUGUAUUCUUUCUCACGUAUCGAAGCUUGUUUUGAAGGUUAUAUGUCAUCUGACUGUUGACAGUUUGAGUAUUGAAUGUCAGCAGUGCUUCAAAAACUGUUCAUCUAACCUGUAGUGGGCUACUUUUUUAGCUACCUCUAUAUGUUCACUUGUGUUUGAUAUCCACAAACAAAAGAAAUAGAUAGGCCUACCUUUAAAACACCAUUUAGUUAAAAAAAUUUUAACAACAAACUCCCACGUAAGUAUGAAUCCUGUGUUACAAACAAGCUUGUGAAGGGAAAGGAUGCAACAUAAAACCCCAGUUCUGUGAGGUAAAAAUGAUCAUUUAUUCCUAAAAGAAAUCAUGAAGUGCUGUUUAACAUGAAGUUGAAGCGAGGAACAGAGGGAUGUGGAGUGCUGCUCAAAGAAGCAAAUAAACACAACAAAAAUGUCACUUUCUGAAAUAAGCUCUAAACAGCAGUUAAAAUGACACAAGGGGUGAGCAGGUCCCUGUCCCUUACAAUUCAAUAUAUAUGUAUGUAUACGGUAUAUGUAUAUAUAUAUAUAUAUAUAUAUACAUACAAACAAUUAAAUCGCCUCCAUGGAUGAAUGACAACACAGGUUUCCUAACAAAGAAUCUAGCAAACGUGAGUGUCUGCCUGGAAGCGCUCCUAUCGGCAUCCAAUCGGAAUCUGACGCUCUUACCCGAUUGGUCUGGCGGACUCGCCCAUUAACCAAUCAGCAGCUGGUUCGAUAGUAUCAACAUCCUCUCACAGUCACACACAGACACUACAAGGUAAACUGGGCCGCACAUGUAGUACACACACAGAGCGGGGGCACAGAAUGGAGUACUGCAGCUUAACAAGAGGGACAUACACUAUAUACGAAAAGUCUAUUUCAUAAUUUGUAGACAUCUCAAACUUUUACGUCCGAGAAAAACAAAAACUAUGAAUAUAAGAGAGAUGUGCUGGUGCUCAUUAUUAGAGGGCUGUCAUUAGUUCUACAAACUAGCAGAUGUCAUAAUAUUGGCUGAAUUUGAUGCUUAAAAAGCCUGGAAUUUUUUUCAUCACAAAUUGAAAAAAAAAAACGAAUUAGCAGUUUCAUGACUUGAUUUUGCACAAAGUAUUUAUUAUGAAAUGUAUGCCUGGUUUCUUUUUAAUUAUAUAACAAAAAAGUCCAACAAUUUAACAUUAAAAUUUAAAAUGGAUUUUUGAAAAUUAAUUGAAUUUCUUUCUGUCUACUUCCUGUUUCUUAUUCAGACACUUUUGUGAAGCUUACCUUACUGAACUCCAUGGGCCAUGAGAUGUCCAAGUGUAAGACAUCCAUCUGUCGCGGUCAACCCAACCCUACCUACAAAGAGACAUUUAUUUUCCAGGUGGCCCUUUUUCAGCUUUCAGAUGUCACACUCAUCUUGUCUGUCUAUAACAAGCGCAGCAUGAAGCGCAAGGAAAUGAUUGGAUGGAUUUCACUUGGCCUCAACAGCUCUGGAGAGGAGGAGCUUGCCCAUUGGACUCAGAUGAAGGAAUCUAAAGGACAGAAAGUUUGCCACUGGCACACUUUGUUGGAGUCCUAGCAGCAAAAAUACCUGAGGAAGAGAGAGAGAGGGGGGGGGGGGUGGUAGAUGAUAGCAGUUGUUCUGCUGCAGUUAGGGUAGAGGAAGUUGACACAUUCCAUCCAGCACACAAGUGGUGAUUCAGGAAUAAUAGUAUUUGUAUUAAAAGUUGUCUAACAACUUUUCACAGCAGAGUUUGAAAUUUCUCACAGCUAUUUAUUUGUCGUACAGUUUGUAAUGUGAUGUAAGAUGAUUCUACACUGACUUAUAAUAAUUACCUUGAAGUUUCUGUGGAAAUAGUUGAUCUGGGACUGCUCCCAAAGCUUGGCCUGUUUUGAUGAAAAAUGCACCUCCACCAACCAUGAUAUAAGAGAUUUUUUAAUCUGAUUAGGAAGAAAGGACAUUGUUUUUCAGUUGUUGUUGUUUUUUUUUAAAAUGUCAUAUGGAAAACAAAUUAUCCAGCUACAAGGGGGGGGGUUAUGUGUUUGACACGACAUUUUAUUUGCUCUAUUAACUUCUCAUUGGUUCAACAUGUGAGCGGUUCAUUGAAAAGUCCACUUGCCACAGACUUUGCGACAUUUGAGUCAACCCAGGUGGAGUUUUAUUUGUUUGAGUCAAAGCUUUCUUUUCCUCAUUCUUCCCAAAGGAACGUAGGAGCUCACAUUGUCAGAAAACUUUUCAAUUUGGAGCUCCUUCGUUAAAAUUUUCCAUGAUGCCAUUUUUAAGCCAGGGACUUUGUUGAAAAUAAUUAACAUCACUUUUAACAUCACAUAUUGCCCAGAAUCAAUACCUUUUAGGGCUUGAACAACAACAUGCCAAUUCGUCUUUUAGGGGGAAACAUUUGUGAAACACAAUGCAUAGACAAAAAAUGGUAGCAUACAUUGUCAUGUUUGAAAUGUUGCAGUUUUUGAUACAUUUUCAUGUUCAUUCUUCAUGUUCACAUGUUUAAAGGUUUUUAUCUUUUUUGUUCUGCUCAUGUUUACAUAGAGUUGAAUAAUGUGAUGGCAUUUGUCUUUGCCAAAGCUCACAGUCACAUCACGGCCAGGAACUCAAGUAAUGAAGAGAAAUAAACAACUGGGACAAAUUUUUAAUCAAAUUAGGCAUUUAAUGUACAGUACGGUCAGAGAGAACUGACACAAGGAGUGUAGUGGUUAAUAAAAUUAAUUGUUUUUUAAGAGAAAAUUACCUUUUUACAGUUAGAAAUUUUAAAUACACGUUUGUUAAAGCACAGACAUAUUUUUAAAAAGUUAAAAUGUAUACUUGUUGUUCUGGCAAUGGUACUUAUGUACGAAAUAUUACAGUGAGAAUGAACUUCAAGUAUGUUCUAUAUAAUUUCAGAUGGAAAUUUCACAGGAAAGUGAGGGCAAAUUGGGUAUCUACUGAAUUAACGACUGCAAAAAGGAAUGUAACAACUGAAUUAUUCAUCAAGUGUGCCAACACUAAAACUGAUUAACCAACAAACAGAACUACAAAAAAAUUUAAAUGGCUAUUUUGUAUGAUAAUUUUUCUUUUUCUUUUCUGAUUUUUUAUGUAUAAAGAGGAAAAAUUGGGUGUCAAAACAGUAGUUGUGCAAUAUUAAUAUGACACAAUAUUAUGACAUUGUCUUCAUAGUUUUUUAUUGUUCACAUUGAUUUUGUUUGUGGAAUGUAAUUACUACAAAUAUGAUCAUUGAGUAGCUUUUGGUCUUCUUACACUUCCUUUUAAAAAAGACAGGGUCGUGUUGGGAUUGUCGAGACUUUUUUUUUUUUAAGCUUUCACACUUUUUAACAGCCUUUACAGCACAAGAGAUAAACACAUUUAAAUAAUAUGCCUUUUAAUAAACCAGAACCAUGCUUACCUCUUGACAACCAGCAGAUUGAACCACUAGGGUUGAUUUGGUGGUUCAGAGGGAGUGAUAAAGUAAAUUCUUUUUUAAUGUGAUUAAAAUCGGUUCUUAACACAUAUAUUCCGUAAAAAUGUAAAUAAAUACAAUUUAAAAUUGAGAAAAGUUACUUAAUUUGAAAAUCAUUGAUCUGUUUGGUUAUAUUGAUUCUUAAGGAUUAUUUUGAGUUUUUUUUUAAAUACAACUCAUAGAGAAGAGUUUAAAUGUGUCCUAUUUUAAUAAACAGGUAUUCUGGGUAAUUUCCUGUAAUUUUUUAAGCAAAAAAGCAAAACCAAACCCAUCGUGGCCUGUUAGGCUAGAGCCAAAUUAUUUUUAAUAUAUUAUAAGUGGUGUGAUGCCAGGACAAGACACUUGCAUUUGGGGGGGGGUUAUAUGUGUCUUAUAUUCUGAUAAAAAAAACAUUAAUUGAGACUGAUUGUUACUAAAGUAAAUACUGCAUUUUAAUUAAAACAUUUUGUGGUGGAGGAUUUUUCAGUAAUGUCAGCCAUGAGAGAGUGCAAAACAACCCUUUAGCACUCUCUUUUGCUAAUCUUUCAUGAGGUGCAAUUAUGUCUUAAUAAAGUUUUUGAAAAAUUAUGUUGUGG